GCAAGGCUGUCUCAAACAAAAUAGGUUUUGAACCUCACAAAUACUCAGCUCACCAGGAAGAGGUGGAAGGAAGCAUGUAGAUGGUUACUUCUGAGCCUGUAAACCCUUAGCUUGUUACUUAUCUCCACCUUUUCCUCACUCUCCCUGAUUUGCUCCACCUUUUCUGCUGCUCCUUAACUCCUUCUGCCGGCAGGCUGCAGCUCACCCCUUCCAUCUUCAUCCUCCCCCUGCCCCAGGCACCCUCCCCAGCAGUUCCUUUAACCCAUGCUCCUCUCAACCUACUCACUCCUGGAUCUUCUCUGAUAUCCCCUGCAAGACCCAGGUUCCUGCGUCUCUUUUAAUUUUUGUGCUUAUUCCUCUCCCAUUUGUUCCCUAUUUGCCAGAAGACCAGGUCCUCCAUCCACCCCUCCUGACUCUCCCUGUCCUGCCUGUGAGUCUCAGGACGUUUUGGAAACCUGAAGCUAAGGACAAAGCAAUUUCAGGGCAGUACCAGGACGGCACUUUCCUGAUAGGCAUGUGUGCACAUUUUGCACAUGGUCAUACAUUUUAAGGCAGGGAGUUUUUUUCUGUGACACAGGGGCUCUGCACCAGGCACCGCACAGCAACAGCAACACCAAUGAAACUGCUUCCAUUCCUAGUCCUGAUUUCCAGUCUGCUGGACUAUGGUUGCACUUCUGUGAGCUGCAAUGUGACAUGCCACAAAGAUGCCAGGUGUGAAGUCCAGAGUGGGAUAAUAGGCUGCUAUUGCUCCCAGGGAUAUACAGGAGAUGGCAUAGAGUUCUGUUCCGAUGAUAAUGAGUGUGAAAAUGCUACUCAGCUUUGUGGAGAGCAUGCCAAUUGCACAAACACGGUGGGAAGUUAUUUCUGCAUGUGUGCACCUGGUUUCAAAUCCAGCAAUGGUCAACAAACUUUUGUACCUAAUGAUGGAACCUCCUGUGUGGAUGUAGAUGAGUGCAGCAACGAAGGAACUGUAGCCUGUGGAGAUCAUGCAAAAUGUGAAAACACGGAUGGAGGGUUUAACUGCUACUGUAAGGAAGGUUAUCAACCAUCCACAGGAAAAUUGCGGUUUAAGCCAAAUGAUGGCACUUCCUGCCAAGAAAAUCUGAAUGCCAAGUGUGAGUUAUACAAAGACUGCAUAGCUGAACAUAUUAACAGAACUUUAGCUGGUAUUAGUCAUUUAAAAACACCUCUGGAGAUGCUGCAAGAAAUAAAUAAGAAUACUUUGGGACCGCUUUUACCUGUGGAUGUGAUUUCAUAUGUUGAAGCACUAUCUUAUUCAUCGCUGAAUACCCCACAUUACUCUGUCUCUGACAACGAAGCUCUUCGUAAUGCAACCAUUAACGUCUUUGUAAACACCGUGAACAAUUUUUUGCAAAAAGACAAAAUUACAGUCUGGGAAGCUCUUCCUGCAGAAAACCAAAGGCAGAGCCUGACUAAGCUGCUGCAUACUGCAGAAAAAGCAACGCUUCUCAUGUCACAGAACUUCAAAAAGACAACACAGCUAGAUGCGAAUGCAAGUGAUAUAGCACUCAAGGUUUUUGCCUUUGAUUCACAUCACAUGAAACACAUUCACCCUCAUGUAUACACGGGGGGAGAUUACAUAAAGAUCUCUCCAAAGAAGAGAGAAGAAUCUUAUCCUAAUGGCACUGUUGCAGUUGUCUUUCUGCGGUAUAGCAAUAUUGGUUCUUUGCUUUCAUCACCUAAAAACCACUCCUCAAAAGAUACUUCAGAGCAGAGACAGACAGUAAGCUCAUCAGUUAUAGCUGUUGCAAUUAGCUCAAAUCCACCUACACUCUAUGAGCUUGAGAAAAUAACAUUUACCUUAAAAUAUGCCAAGACUGCGGAUAAAGAUAUUAAAUGUGCAUUUUGGAACUACUCAUCAGACACAAUGAAUGGCAACUGGGCUACAGAAGGCUGUGAGCUGACACAUUCCAACUCCACUCAUAUCUCCUGCAAAUGUAAUCAUCUGACUCAUUUUGCAGUUCUGAUGUCCUCAGGUGGCUCUGUUGGUGUUACAAAUUAUAACAUUCUUACAAGAAUCACUCAGCUAGGAAUAAUUAUUUCGUUGAUUUGCCUCUCCAUGUGCAUUUUUACAUUCUGGUUCUUCAGUGAAAUUCAAAGCACUAGAACGACAAUUCACAAAAACCUCUGCUGCAGCCUUUUCCUGGCAGAACUUAUUUUUCUGAUUGGAAUUAAUAUGAACAAUAAUAAGCUCUUCUGUUCAAUUACUGCUGGAUUACUCCAUUAUUUCCUUCUAGCUGCUUUUGCGUGGAUGUGCAUUGAAGGUAUUCACCUCUACCUUAUAGUUGUGGGAGUCAUCUACAACAAGGGUUUCUUGCACAAGAAUUUCUAUGUCUUUGGCUAUGUUAGUCCAGCUGUGGUUGUUGGAAUCUCUGCUGCACUGGGAUACAAGUACUAUGGCACCACAGAAGUAUGUUGGCUCAGCACAAAGAAUAACUUUAUAUGGAGUUUUAUAGGACCAGCAUGUCUAAUAAUUCUUGUUAAUUUGCUGGCUUUCGGAGUGAUUAUUUAUAAAGUAUUUCGACACACUGCAAUGUUAAAGCCAGAAGUUAGUUGUUAUGAAAAUAUAAGAUCCUGUGCCCGAGGUGCUCUUGCUCUCCUGUUUCUUCUUGGGGCUACCUGGAUCUUCGGGGUCCUCCACGUUGUCCAGGGAUCCGUGGUUACUGCUUAUCUUUUUACAAUCUUCAAUGCAUUCCAGGGGAUGUUCAUCUUCAUAUUUCUUUGUGUGUUGUCCAGGAAGAUUCAGGAGGAGUAUUAUAGAUUGUUCAAAAAUGUUCCCUGUUGUUCUGGCUGCUUGAGAUAAAUGGAAGGAAAAUGUGCAUGACAGUCUUAUUGGAAGAAGGGAGUAACCAGGGCAAUGUGGUUAUGGAUAUUACAGAAAAAUAUGGUAUUGUGAAAGUAUGAAAUGACCCAGUGACCAAGCAUAUCUCUUAAUUGAUUUACUGACUGGUUUUGUACAUAUGUGUGCAUUCAUGCAGAGCAUUUAUAUUAUUCUGUAUACAAACAGUAUACAAACCAACUGAUUAUUGCAAAACAAAUACUGAUGAAGAUCAGGGAGAGAAGCAAAUUUCUAAAGAAGCUCGAGACUUUUCAUGACUUGGAUUUUGUUUCUAAUAUUAGAAAUAUCUGCAACUCCUGAAAGCAAGAUACUAAAACCAACUGGCACAGCAGAUUUUACAAGUUGCUUUGCUAGUGGAAACAUGUUCACUGUCUUUUUGUAGUAAUGAGCUUCUUACAUAAAGUUGUAUGUGACCAUCUGCAGGGAAUGGGUUCCAUUAAAAAGCCAGUAGAUUAAGAUCUGCUCAGACUUUUGAAAACAUUUCUUUUAAUUUAAAGUAGAUUUAAAAAGGAAUUUGUUUAAUGUUAUUUGCUUAUCACUCUGAAAUAUAUAUUUGUAUAUUAAUCAUUUUUUUAUUUUUAUAACUUCUAAUGAACUGUUUAGAUCUAAAGAGCUGAGGUCAGAUCUGAUACAAGACUGAUGGGACACUUAUUUUAUAAGUGAAAGAUUAUUUUGUGAAUACUCUGAAAACGAUCUGGUUCUUGUUUUAUUUAAUUGCCAAAAUACUGAGAUCUACUAAGCUGGCACUAUGAUUUUGGAGGCUGUGGGAGGAUGAUGCUUUCACAACUUUGUAACUUGGUAGAGUUAUUUGGAAUCCAAACCUUGAAGGAUCAAAAUAAAAGUAAAUUAGUAGAAAUCACCCAUGCAGAUGUCAUAUUCGUCCAUACCAUGUAAAAUUUCAAUUACAGAAAUUUUCUGUUCAUGGCAUCUUUAAGUCAAGCAAUUGUCCUCUGAGGCUUCUGGUUUUGAAAAACUUAGCCUGUGUUUAACCAUAGGAGCCAUCCAUGGAUCUCCUGAAAUCAGAGGCAGUACUUGAGGUGUAAGUUUUGCUGAAUCAGCUCAUAGACACGGUCAGGUCAUCAGCAUUUCCACCUUUGCCAUCUUAAUUAUUUUAAAAGAAUGCUUUUACCUUUUAGUUUUACCUUUUUAGCUCCUAGCUUAUGUGAAGUGCUGAGCAUUCCUCAGUCCACAUUGCCUUCUCAGGAAGUGUCUAGGAUCUCAGAUGAAGCCCAGUAUUUUUACCAGUGAAACACUGUAAAUAUGUAGGUUUUGAUAAAUCCCACUGUUCUGUUGUCUGUUAAAAUAAAGCACCACUCUGGAAUUUUAUUUAUAUUAAAGGAAACUUUUUUGGUAAUGGUCAAAUUUAUUUGUUUUUUAUCUUUCAAAUACACAAGGCUUUCAUUGUAUGCACUGCAAUGACAUGCUUCUUAAAGUAUAUUACAUGAUGCUGUCAAAAUUUUGAAAACCACAAGAGGAAUCUUUUUUUUCUGAAAAAAAAAAAAAUCUUUUGGUCUUUGGAGUGUAAAAUAUGUGAAUAAACUGAAGUACUU